AUGUACGACGAUUGUAUAUUCUUGUCAUUGCGAUUUCCACAGAAAUUAUGGCGUAUAGUGAACGAAUGUAAAAGUGGUGCCAUACGUUGGAGCUUGAACGGCAAUACGAUCCUCCUUGACUACAAGAAAUUUCAAGAACAGUAUCUUGACGCGGGCAAUUCUAUCUUCAAAACGAAAAACAUCACGAGUUUUAUCAGACAACUAAACCUAUACGGUUUUCGAAAGGUGACAUCCCAUAAUAGAGAUCCGAUCUGUAAUUCCCACAAUCCAGACGUUCACGAAUUCUUGCACGAAAACUUCCGUACCGGCAGGCCUGAUCUGUUGUCAAGAGUAUACAGGAAAACUGCCGGGAAAUUGAAACACUGUCAACGAAUUAAUGUAAAAAAUGCCGCGGAACAGAAUUUUUUAAACAAGAACUCUGAUCACGUGUCACGUUUACAUAUGUGCCGGUUGGCAUUAACGAAAGCCUUAGAACAAAUAUCGCGAGAAUACCAACAAACACAAAAUCAUGGAAUAAAAGAUGAAAAUACAUUAAAUUCUACAGAAAAAGUAUUUAGCCUUAAUUUAUAUACACCACAAAAUCAUGAACCUACCAUAGAUUGGAUUACAAAAAGUUCAGUAUCAAUUUCUACAAAAAAGGAUAACUCAAACAAUACACACCUUACUCCUAAUGUUUAUGUAAAGUGGACAAAUAUCUCUAAAAACAUUAGUUAA